AUGAUGGAAUGUAGUUGUGAUCAUAUUAAAUCUGAUGGGAAAAUGUUAUUACUAAGUGGUACAUCGAACGUCAUGCUCAGUGAGGCAAUUGCUCAACAUUUUUCACUCAAACUUGGUGAAAUUACUAUUAAAACGUUCAAUGACGGUGAAUUAAAUAUUGAAAUUGCUGAGGAUAUCAUUGGUCGUAACGUGUUUAUCAUACAAUCGACCAACACUCCAGUGAAUGAUAAUAUUAUGCAACUAUUGUUACUAAUAUCAACCUGUAAGGCAUACGGGGCAAAUAGUAUUACUGCAAUUAUUCCAUACUUUGGUUACUCUAGGCAGGAUAGGAAGAUGUUCACUGUAUCACCUGUAUCAGCUUCUACAGUAUCAAAUUUAAUAAAAUCAGCAGGAGUAAACACUGUAGUGACAGUUGACAUUCAUGAUUUGCAUAUAAUUUCAUUUUUUGCUCCAGAAGUCUUUGCAAUUAACAUUGACACUCAAGAUUUUGUAUCCAAAGAAUUUUUGAGUUUGGGAUUGGAUAAUCCAGUAAUUGUAAGCCCCGAUGCGGGGGGGAUUUGUCGUGCUAGAGCCUUUGCAGAUUCCCUAAAUAAGCACGGAUUGCCAUGUAGUGACAUGGCAAUAAUUAUUAAGUAUAGAACGAUUGCAAAUCACGUCAGUGAUAUGACUUUGGUGGGCGAUGUAAAAGGUAGACACGUUUUAAUUAUUGAUGACAUAAUUGAUACUGCCGGGACUCUUGUCAUGGCUGCACAAAAACUGAAAGAUCAGGGUGCCACUAAAAUAAUCUGUUUCGCAACACAUGGCGUAUUUUCUUCCCCUGUUAUUGAGCGAAUUGCAUCUUCGCCAUUAGAUGCUAUAUACAUCACUGAUACCAUUUAUAACCAUGUUGAAUGCGAAAAGAUAAAGACGAUUUCAAUUGUACCACUAAUCGCCCAAACAAUUGCCACAAUUCUUAACUAG